AUGGCUCGGAAUUUCAUAUGCCCUUUGUUGGUGCUCAUCAUGAUGGGUAUACAGGUCUUGUGCGGCGCGUCGUCUUUAGACCGCGGCUUCUGUGCCACGCCUGCGCCCAGCGAACGACUGAAAGCAGAAUUUAGGAGGCUGAGUAUGUCAAUACCACGAACCAACUCGAGCUUUGUAUAUGAGCCCCGAGAGGCCGAAAGCACGAUUGAAAUAGAAACAUGGUUUCAUAUCGUGAGCAGCCAGGCUGCAGCCAACUCGGUUUCGGACCAGAUGAUAGCCUCCCAGUUGAUCUAUCUACAAAAGGCAUAUGAGAAUGCCACCAUAUCUUAUCGCCUCAAAGGCAUUACUCGUCAUGUGAACGAUACAUGGGCCCACAACCAGGAUGAAAUUGCCAUGAAGAGUGCUUUGCGCCGUGGGAGUUACAGCACUCUUAAUGUUUAUUUCCAGACAGAUCUUCAGAUUUCAUCUGAUGGAGGUGCUCGAGCAUUGCGCGAUGUCUCUGCGCGACAGAUGGGAACUCUAUCGUCCAGCGUACUCGGCUUUUGCACUCUGCCUGACCCAAGCAUGAAUGCCAGUAGCCCACGUUCCACCUAUAUAAAGGACGGCUGUAACGUCCUGGCCAGGACUAUGCCUGGAGGUUCCUUAGCGCAUUACAACCGAGGAGGAACGGCCGUCCACGAGAUUGGGCACUGGAACGGACUUCUCCAUACAUUCGAAGGAGACACUUGCUCAUCCAAUAACGAAGGCGACUAUAUAGACGACACCCCACAACAAUCUGAACCGACUAAUGGUUGUCCGGCUCAGAAAGACUCAUGUCCAGACCUCCCUGGUCUGGAUGCAAUCCACAAUUUUAUGGACUAUUCAUCUGAUGAUUGCUACGAGAACUUUACACCUGAUCAAAUUGAGAGAAUGAGGAAUAUGUGGUUUUCCAUGAGGGCAGGGAAGUGA